AUGCCGCCACCUCUGGAGGUGAAGGCGAACAUACGACAGGCGGUCUUCCAGGGUCUAUCAGACCCAAACAGCAAAAUAAGGUCGCUAUGCGCCCAAACACUUUCCCUAAUCGCAAGCAGCGAUUGGCCAGAGGAAUACCCAGAUCUUUUGAACUCACUAAUCGUCCUCUUGUCAUCUAACUCACCAGCAUCUGUUCAUGGUGCUAUGCAAGUCUUCACGGAGUUCGUAGGGAAGGAACUCACAGAAGACCAGAUCUUACCUGUUCUCCGUCAGCUCCUACCCGUCUUGCUCUCCAUCCUGGGCGCUUCAGAGCAACAUACGGCCCUCACACGUGCGCGGACGAUAUCCGUGUUCAGACAAUGCGUCGAGACCCUCUUCAUGGUGAAGGAGCAGUUCCCACAAUCUGUAAAAGAGGCCACGGGUUCGAUCCUCCCGGUCUGGAUCGAGGCGUUCAAAAUGCUGCUGAAAAUCGACCCGCGCACCGACGUCGAAAACACCGCUAAUUGGGACGGCCUUGCUAUUCGGAUUCAAAUAUACAAAACUUUGGACAUCAUCUAUGUCUCUUUCGCGCGCGCGUUGAUACCCCACCUCCAAGAGCUGCUGACAGUAUCGCUUAACCAUCUUAAUGCGCUUUUCCCCGCGUUCACGCAGUACUACCUGUCUGGCGAGCAUGUGAAGCCAACCUCGUCCGAGGACCAGCCAAUCGAGAUCCCACACCUGAUGUGCCCUCUGCUUGACUUCGUGUCGAAUGUGACGCGCGGCGGGAAGGCGAAGGAGUGGUUUGAGCCGGCGAACCUCAACGCGCUGAUUGGUGCCAUCUUCGGCUGGGCACAGAUGACGCAAGACGAUGAGGACGAAUGGGCGACCGAUGCCAACGCAUUCGUUGCGCAAGAGUCGGACGAGACCAAUACAUAUAGCGUACGGAUAGCCGGCUUCGACCUACUCGCUAGCAUCUUUUCGCGCUCUGCCGCGACGACCGCAUCGUCGUGCCAGGCAGUCGUUCAACAACUUGCGGUUCAGUCUGAGGAAGCACGCAGCGCAGGCAGGCAUGACUGGUGGAGACCUCUGGAGGCCGCUCUGGCGGCGGUCGGCUCGCAGUCAGAUGCGCUGCUCGACUGUCUCGAGGACGAAGAGCUCGCAGGGCGUCCCAAGCCGAUUGAUAUCCAGGCUCUGCUGACGAACGUCGUUCCGUCGCUCGUCAGUAUUUCAGAGUGCCCAUUCCUUCAGGGUCGUGCGUUUGUCUUUGCUAGUCAGUUCGCGAGGCUCCUUCCCGCACAUAUGGCUGGACAAUAUGUUGAGGCUGCUGUGCAGGUGUUGGAGACGGAAUCUGCAGGCAUUCCGAUCAAGCUUUCUGCCGUGAAGGCCAUUCUCAACUUCUGCCAAAAAGAUGUGGACGAUGCCGUCAUUGCGCCGAUGGCGCCUCGGAUAGCCAAGGAUCUCGGACCGUUCCUGUCAGCUACCACCGAGGACACGUUGAGUUUGGUUCUCGAGACGCUGUCUGUCAUCGUUGAGCUCGAUGAUGGCAAGUGGCUUGACCGCGAGCUGGCCGGGAAUCUCGUGCUGGCUGUCCUAGGAGUAUGGAUGAAGAACAACAAAGAUCCUAUCUUCAUCUCCAUCUUGUCAGACAUACUCGAAAAUCUGGCGAAGUCUCCUGCGCCUGGCGUUUAUGAGAGCGUCGUGAAGCAUGCGCUGCCUGGGCUGUGCAAUGCGAUCAUGGCGUCCAGCGCAGAUGAGCCGUGGAUCACAGGUGCUGCUAUUGAUCUCGUCGGCAGUCUUGUGCAAGGGGCACCGGAGUCGGGACUUGGCGAGGGUUUCUUCGCACACCUGGGCCCUAGCUUGUUCCUCUGCAUGAGGACUGUCGAGGACCGCGAUGUCAUCCAGAGUGGCAUCAGUUGCCUGACAUCGGUCAUUCGCAAAGACUUCAACCAGCUGGUGUCGUGGUCAGACCCGUCGACCGGUCAGUCAGGUCUUGAGAGCGUGCUCACAGUGAUCGCGAGGCGGCUGCAGAGCGAUGACGAGUCCGGCGGGCUUGCUAUUGGCGACCUCAUCAUCCAUCUCCUGCGCAGAGCGGGUGAGGCCGUCGGGCCAGUACUGCCCGAGUUGCUGCAGGCGAUGGUGCGCCGUAUGACCACGGCGAAGACCGCGACAUUCCUUCAGAGCUUGGUCAUUCCGUUCGCGUUCCUUAUCCACAGCCAACGCGACACUGUACUCACUCUUCUGGAGUCGACCAACAUUGACGGCCGCUCGGGACUGGACAUCCUGAUCCAGACGUGGUGCGAAAAUGCCGAGACGUUCCAAGGCUUCUGGGCGACGCGCAUCAGCACACUCGGGCUGUGCUCGUUGUACGCAUCGGAGCGGCCGAGUCUGCAGCAUCUCAUGGUCAAGGGCGAUCUCAUCAUCAAACCCGAGACCAAGGAUGUGAUCAUGACCCGGUCGAAAACAAAGAAAAUACCAACGGAGUUCACGUCUAUCGCAUUCCCUGUGAAGGCUUUGAAGCUCCUGCUGCACGACCUGCAAUCGGGCGGGGAGGCAGCAACUAUGAACCUCGGUGCCGUCCCCGAAAUCGACUCUGAUGACGAGGACGAUGAAUGGACUGAAGAGGAGAAGUUACACCAAGGUUUCAAGGCCGACGAAUUUGCGUUCCUAUCGGAGAUGCUUGGGCCUCGUGGCACGAAUUUCGACAUCGACGAUACCUUGUCUGAUGGAGACGACGAGGACCUGAGGAACGAUCCUAUCUCUCAGAUGGACAUGCGGGCACACCUUCUCUCGUUCUUCCGUGAAUGCGCCAGCCGCAACACGAGCAACUUCUCCGUUGCAGUGGAUCAACUCACCGCGGAGGAGACGCUGGUCGUCCACAAAGCUGUGAGUGAGCAGUGA